AUUGUAAAAUCAUAUGACUAACAAUAAGAUUAUUUUAUUAAACUCGAGUUAUCGUUUAGUUGUUAUGUUUGGUGAUUCUUACAGAAGUAACCCGAAGUAAUAAAUAAUUCAUCUCAGUAAAUGAUUCUAUAAAAGUGUUUUUCACAUUGUGUUUUUCGAAUAAUAAAGAAAAUUAAUACAACAAUGAAUGUUGGAAUAAAAGAAAAAUUGAGUAAUCUCGAUCGGGACGAUAGAGCCAUAAUAAAAUGCACCGAAUGGUUACAAAAAACCUUAAUAAGCGACGACGAAGAAAGUAUUUGCUCCGAGACAACCGAAUCGUCAAAUUUUUCGAAAAUUUCAAGCGAAGUAGACGAUACAAAUGGAAUUUUAGAAUGUUACAGCGGAAAUCGCGAGAUAUUUUUAAACGAUGAGAUUUCACAUUCUCAAUUAGAAACCGUCAUCACUCAAUCACAAAACGUUUACACCAAUGUUAAUAUUAAGAAAUCAAAAAAUGUUCAUCUUGGGAAUGUUACCUACAUUAAUGGACCCGUUUAUAUUAAUCAAACUUCAACGGUGGUUAAUCAACACACCACUAUAAAUCAAAUUGUUAAUGUUCAAGAUGAUGAAGAUGAUUCUAAACCGCCUUAUGUAAUAAAUAGGAUAUAUUGGUUGGCACAACCACCAUCAGAACCCCAUACUUACUUAGAAUCUCCAGCAAAAUAUGUAGUAAUCUGUCAUUCAGCAACAGAAGAAAGUUUUACCCAACCAGGAAACAUUCUUAUGGUCCGACUUAUUCAACAAUUUCAUAUCGAAAGUAGAUGCUUUGGCGAUAUCGGUUACAAUUUUUUAAUAGGAGCCGAUGGAAAUGCUUACGAAGGUCGCGGUUGGAAUAUAAUUGGGGCACAUACGUACGUUUAUAAUAAAGUAUCAGUAGGAAUUUGUUUUAUUGGAUGUUUUACCAUGAAAUUACCAUCAGCGGUGGCAAUGAAAAAAGCAAAGCGAUUAAUUGAUUAUGGUGUGCGACUUGGAUAUAUAGACAAAGAGUAUUCGUUGGUUGGUCAUUGUCAAUGUACUACAACUGAAAGUCCUGGAAGGACACUUUUUGAAGAACUAAAAACGUGGAAUAGAUUUAAUGGUGAAAUUUAUGCUGGAAUGCCUAUUGGUUUUCAUCAACCUAAUAAAACACAGAAAGAAAUCAGUAACGUUAAGAACACUGCCAUAUAAUUGUUUGCUACUUAUUUUAUAUUUUUAAUAAAGAAUUUAAUAUCA